ACCUUCGUAGGUUUCAUCUCGUCUCGUCACCUUGUUCUUCAGAUCGGAGCCGCGGAUCGGUUGAAGACUACCCCUUGUCUCUUUGAUCCCGACUUUCUCCAAGUCUUCUGCUUUCUGUUUCCGUGUUCCUUGGUCUUCCUCUGGCAUGGAAUUGACCGGACCAAGAUGGAAGGGAAAGGGGUUUGCGGAGACAGCUCUUGCGAAUCCCAUGUCGGAAAUUGUCUCUCGAUUGCGAACCUCUUUAAGUCCAUCGAUGCCAAAUGCGUUGCUUUCUGGUUGCAUUGCUCUUCUCGAAGCCGAACCGGAGGCCGCUGACCUUCUCGAGCGAGCCUCGAUCGGCAAAAACAUCACCACCUUCGGACGGGACAAGCAGUGCUUCCAGUUGGGUCCGGAGGAGUCCUUCUACUUGUAUCAUGGUCUGACGUGCAUCAGGAUUUCGAGGGAGGACGGAACUGCCAUGGCAGAUGCAGAGCUGUGGAACCACUUCUGCUCUCAAAGGAAAGCGUUCCCCGAGCUCUACAAGGCGUACUCACAUCUGAGAUCGAAGAAUUGGGUGGUGCGCUCGGGCACUCAUUAUGGCGCAGACUUCGUGGCUUACAGGCAUCACCCUGCACUCGUUCACGCAGAGUACGCAGUGCUUGUUAUACCAGAGAAUGAUGGCAAGGCUAGCAGUACUCGUUUGAGUGCAUGGCCUGACCUUUGCUGCUCUCUACGUUUGAGUGGCUCUGUUGCAAAGACGCUGCUAAUUCUCUAUGUGAGCAGCUGCAGUAGGGAUAGGAGUUCAGUGUGCAGCUCGGAGGAAUUUAGUGUCGACGAGCGAAUCAUCCGAAGAUGGAUCCCAGAGAGGUCUCGAGAGGGCAAAUGCUUGGCGGGAGAUGAUGAAGUUCAAUGAAAGGAUUCCGACUUUCUGAUUAUGUAGCUCCAUUUGUGUUCUGUUGAUGAAAAUGAUCCAGUGAAUGAAUGCAGACGAGUGGAUAAGAUAUCUUGAGCUAGAAUUUAGUAUAGUUGUGGUUCAGACUGGAUGAAUGAUGUUUUAAUCC